GAAAAUUGCUGAGGCAGUUGUGGCACUAGCUUUGGAAAAAGUCACUGUGUGACCUAAGACAAGUCUCUGCACUUCUCUGGGCCUUGUUUGUCAACUGAGAAGUUUACAAAAGCUCUGAUAUCUUUUCUUUUCUUUUCUUUUUUUUUUUUGAGACAGAGUCUUGCUCUUUCACCCAGGCCAGAGUGCAGUGACGCGAUCUCGGCUCACUGCAAGCUCCGCCUCCCGGGAUCACGCCAUUCUCCUGCAUUUCAUUAGUACUUCCAGUCUUUCCCCAUUAUUGUUUUUCUUAGCUGGAAAGAGAAUAAUUGCCUUGAAAUCAUGUCUUAAUCAGGAAACAAGGUGCAAGAAUAAUGCCUGCCAUCAUUUAAACAUAGAGCCAUAUGCAUUAUUUAAUUCCUAUACGAGCUUUCUGUGAUAUAAGGCUCAUGUCAUUGAUAAGUUAAUUUCUCAGAUAUAUGUUAAAUUUCCUUGCUCAUAUAAUUCAACUUUGGGCAGAAUUGAAGGGGACCUUAAUGAGCUCCAAAAAUGCAGCUUGAACUCAAAUUUUAGAAGCUUACAGAACACAAAAAAUCCAUUUACCAUUGCAUAUGCCCAAAUUUUCCCAAAUUACUCGAAUUUGAGUUUAGUGAGGGCAAACCUCCAGUAUGCUGUAGAAACGGUGGCCAUCCCAACAGAUCAUCCCAUUCUAAAAGCCUGCACGUCCUGUGCCAAGUUUUUCUUGCCUUCCAACAACUUGACUUGUUCCCUAAUUACAAGCAAAAGAAAAAAAAAAAAACCAAAAGGAAAAGUAUUAAGAAGACAUAGUUCCCAUAUGAUUUCUCAAGUUUCUGAAAGACGGUUGUCUUGAACAUAAACUUUCUAGGAAAGGGAGAUGUUUUCCAUAGGGAGACAAGUUGCAAGCACCCAACUUUGGGAUUUUAUUUUUAAAAUUAUUUGCUGGGAAAGGUAGACUUAUUAUGUAUGUUUUCCUUGUUGUAAUUGUCAUUUGGACAAAGUGAACUUUCAUUCUUCCCAGAAAGCUUCUGCUUUAAGUAUAGUCCAGUCAGUAUUUGUUGAGAACUAAUUAGUGUCGGAGAGUGUGAGGCACUGGAAUCCAGGAUGAAUAAAGCCGUCCCCUACCUUCUAGGAAAGCAUCACUGACUAUAGGGUAUUGCAUGUAAACAACCAUGAUACAGUGUGGUCACUGGCAACAUGUUACGGAGAAGUUGGAAAUACAUUCUGUCUAAGGAAGUCAGAUUGGAUAACAGAGGAGGUGAGAUUGAAUCUCAAAGGAUGAAUAGGAGUUUAACAGUUUUGCCUGUUUAGGUGCUUAACGAGAACUUGAGAAGAAUGAUUCAUUCAAGGGCUACUGUCUAACAGCAAUGUGCUAGACUGUAAUUAAUAAUAGACACGAUCACUUACUAAAUGUUUACUUUCUAGGUACAAGUAUUAUCUCAUUAAAUUCUCAGGCUACCCCAAGAAGCAGGUACCAUUAUCCCCACUUUAUGGAAGUGCCAACUGAGGCACAGAGUUAAUGUAACUUGCUUAAGGUCUCAUGCACUAUGGCAGACCUGAGAUUCAAACUCUGUCAGUCUGAUUCUAGAUCCAUCUCUCAAACACCAUGUCUUGGCAGCAUUCUUAUUAUUUCUCAGCUUAGUUAAUGUUAAGGAGGUCAAGGGGAGAAACUUGUUAGCUGUAAGGUAACAAGUGGUUAAAAACACAUAACAAUAAAUAUGAAUAAAAUACGUAGUAAAAGAUAAUAAAAAUAAAUAAUAAAAACUGUACUUUUGGCCAGAUGCAGUGGCUCACGCCUGUAAUCCCAGCACUUUGGGAGGAUGAGGUGGACGGAUCACCUGAGGUUGGGAGUUCAAGACCAGCCUGACCAACAUGGAGAAACCCCAUCUAUACUAAAAAUACAAAAAUUAGCCGGGCGUGCAGGUGCAUGCCUGUAAUCCCAGCUACUCAGGAGGCUGAAGCAGGAGAAUCGCUUGAAUCCGGGAGGUGGAGGUUGCAGUGUGCAGUGAGCCAACAUCAUGCCAUUGCACUACAGCCUGGGCAACAAGAGCAAAACUCUGUCUAAAAACAAAAUCAAAACAAAAAACAAAACAAAAAAACUGUACUUUCAGCUAAAUUUGUUGUUAAAUAGUGAGCUCACAGGUGUGAUCUGGGCAAUGUCCCAUUUACAAAGGGCAGAUUGUUUUGAUGUGAAUAAAUUAGCAACUAACUGUUAUAAAGUAAAUUCCAGCAAAUUUGGCGUUAUCAGGCCCAGAGGGGUAACUGUGAGCCCUUCCAUCCCAUCCACAACCAGCUCACCUACAUAGAAAGGAUCCAGGACUGAAGAAGGAGACUGGCCGUUAAUAAUUAUGUGAUGUUUCCAUGCCAGUAUAGUCAAUUUCCAUUAUAAUGUAGAUCUUUUCAAAAGUAACUUUUCAUUUUAAAACAUGAAUAAAUCAGUAUAGUUGAAAGAGCAUGGCAUCUGGAAGCUGAAGUACUAGAUUAGUUUCUAAACUAUGGCACAGAAUACUCAAUGUCCUUCAUCUCCCAGUUGUGCAGAAGCAGUGCCCGGCACAUAAUAGACCCUCAAUAAAUGGUGAUUAUUAUAAUGUUAUUUACUUAAGUGGCCUAUUAAGCAAAAGUAGACAGAUUUCAACUGUGUCUCAUUUUUCAACAUGUGCCUCUGGGGAACUUCUAUCAAUAUUAUCUUAACUGUUUGACAUUGAUUGAAACAAGGAGAAGGAUUAGAAAAUUUUUAUUAAAAACGAAAAUAUUUUUGAAGUGUGACUCAUGUGUUUAAGAUUAUAAACUUGAAUCCAAUGAAAAGUGUUUUUAUUUUGAGUGAAAAAGAGACUUUGCAAAGUAUAUUCAUUCUGUACUUUGUCCUAACCAAAAAUCCACACUUAAUAAAGAGAAAUGUUAGAGGUUAGGAGAAAUUGAGAAAAGUGUGAAGUCUCAGAACUAAUAAUACUUUUAUAUAACAGAGGGAUUUUUUGUUGUUGUUGUUUUUUGUUUUUUUGUUUUUGUGCUUUUUUUGCCAGGGGACCAAGCCAUUUAGAAAAUACAUUCUUCUUAUGGUCCCUGGAGUCAGAGUUGACUUCAAAGGUAGGGGCUUACAAACUGGUGGCAGAGUGAAGAACAGAGAAUACAAUGAAGUCAGCUCCUAGAAACCAGGGAUUACUGCUACUCUCAUUUGUCUAACUCUGUGGGAUACCACUCCUCAACUAUCUAAUAAGCAAUGAACAGGUCAAUUCAAAUUAGAUUAUUUGGACCUGAAUCUUGAUAGAAUCAAAGGAAGAAAUAAAAACUUAUAAACUAGAUGAGAGUAUCCAUUCUACUUUCAGCACAACAGUCUAUAAAAUAAUAAAGUGACUCCCAAUGGCCUCUAGAAAUGAGGAAAAGAAAGACAGAGGCGUUCACAUGGUUGCGGGGGGGCGGUAUUAUUUGCCAUCAUCUGAAGUUUCAACAUAAAAAAAAAAUUGACCCAAAAUAACCUCAGCUGUCAUAUCAGAAAUGGGAGAUCAUGUCAUUUUUAACUAUGAUGUUAAAACAUUACAUUCAAGAUAAGACCAAGGUCUUGAGAUAAACACAUUCAGUAAGUUGUAGCAUAGUUUUUAAGGUGUCCUAACUUGUUUAAAAUUUGUGUAUAUUUUUCGGUACAUGUUUCUAUCAGAUUAAAAAAACUAGGAAAUAUUUUCUCCUGAAAAUUACUGCUGUUAAAUAGCUAUUCUCUUCAACAAAUGCCCCUUCAAUCCUAAAGAAGAAACACUUACUACCACGAUUCUAUUGGAUUAACAUUGAAAAUGUAAAUCAAGCACCAUGUGACUCAUAAUUUUAAUCCACAGUAAAGCCUGGGUGUGUUAGGAAACUCGUGAUGAGACAAAUUUAUGUUCUUCCAAUUAUUUAGAUCUAGAAACAGACCUAACAUCAAAGGCAAAAACCAAACAGGAACCCCUGGUUCCUGUUCCUCAUGGUGGAAGAGAUUUGCCUUAUCAUAGAAGUUACAUACUUUCAUUAAAAUAUUUCAUCGAUAAAUGUAAUUUUCCUUUCAUUCAUAUUUGUUAUAAUGAUUGGCUUGACAAAAAUAAAAUCAGUAUAAGUUACUUUGAAAUAUAUCAGAGGGAGAAAGACUAGCAGCAAUGAGACUACUUUCCUUUGUGUUCUGAAGUUAUAUAGGCAAUAUCCUUUUAAAUGAAUGAAUGUGAGAAAUGGAAGAAGUAAGGGGUGGCAGGGGCAGGGGGCAGGUGGCAGUGAGAAAUGGAAACAGCAAAGGGAAAAGAAAAUCACCCAAAUUGCUUCCACCCAAACUUCACAACUAUGGCCACUAUUGACAUUUGGAUGUAUUUCUCUCUGGUCUUUUAUUUUGUUUAGUAUUUUAAUUAUGAAGUCUAACAUACAUACAGAAAAGCACAUGAAAGCCAGGUACAGUGGCUCAUGUCUGUAAUCACACCACUUUGGGAGGCUGAGGCAGGAGGAUCACUGGCGUCCAGGAGUUCAAGACCAGCCUGGGGAACAUAGUGAGACCCUGUUUCUACAAAAAUAAAAAUAAACUACCUGGGUGUGGUGGCAUGUGCCUGUGGCCUCAGCUACUCCUGAGGCUGACGUGGGAUGAUUGCUUGAGUCCAGGAGUUCAAGGCUGCAAUGAAAUAGGAUUGUACGACUACACUCCAAGCUAGUAUACAGAAUGAGACUCUCAAAAGCAAGCAAGCAAGAAGGAAGGAAGGAAGGGAGGAAGGAAAAAGAAAGGAAAGGAAGGAAAGAAAGAAGGAAGGAAGGAAGGAAGGAAGGAAGGAAGGAAGGAAGGAAGGAAGGAAGGAAGGAAGGAAGGAAAAGAAAGGAAAGGGAAGGAAGGAGGGAAAGAAAGAAGGAAAGAAGAAAGAAAGGAAGGAAAGAAGAAAGGAAGGAAGGGAGGAAGGAAGGAAAUCACAUGAACAGUUUAAUAAAUGUUAAAAAGUGAUUGCUAGUAUAACCACCAUCCAGGACAAGAAAUGAGACACUGUUGGAAUCUCUUGCCUAUUUCCUUCCCCUAUACUCCCUAAAGUCAGGCCUACUCUGAUUUUGUGGUAGCAAAUCUCUUUCUUUUCUUGAUAAAUUUACCACUUGCAUUACUGCCAACCAUAUAUAUACCCCUAAACCACGCACUUUAACUGUAUUUUUCUAGUUUAUAGAAAUGUACUUACACUGUUGUCUUUUGUGUCUUGCUUUUUAAAAUUCAAUGCUAUCUUUGUUAGAUUCACCUGUUUUUGUAUUUUAAAAUUCAAUGUUAUAUAUGUAAGGUUCAUCAUUGUUUUUGUCUAUAGCUGUAGUUUGAUUUUUAUUAUUGUAUAAUAUUCCAUUAUAUGACUAUGCCACAAUUUAUCCAUGUACUAAUGACAUUUAAGUUGUUUCCAUAUUGAAGCUGUUAUGAUGUUUGGAUAUGUGUCUUGGUAGGCAGAUAGCCAUGCAUUCUGGUAGGGGAUACACUUAGGAGUGUAAUGUGUGGUUAUAAGUAUGAGUUAUAAUCAUAUUCAAACAUUUUAAUAUCGUCAAGGUGCAGUGGCUCCCCAGCGCUUUGGGAAACUGAGGAGGGGAGGACCACCUGAGACCAGCAGUUUGAGGCUGCAGUGAGCUAGAAUUGCACUCCUGUUCUCUAGGAUUGCUUGAAGUCAGGAGUUCGAGACUAGCCUGGGCAACAUAGCAGGACUCCAUCUCUACAAAAAAUUAAAAAUUAGCCAGGCAAGGCAGUGCACACCUGUAGCUGUAGUUACUCAGGAGGCUGAGGAGGGAGGGUUGAAUGAGCCCAGGACUUCAAGGUUACAGUGAGCUAUGAUCACACCACUACAUUCCAGCCUGGGUAACAGAGCAAGCUCCUGUUUCAAAAUAAGGAAAUAGGCUGGGUGUGGUGGCUCACCUCUGUAAUCCCAGCACUUUGGGAGGCUGAGGCAGGUGGACUGCUUGAGCUCAGGGCUUCAGUAUCAGCCUGGGCAACAUGGCAAAACCCCAUCUCCACAAAACAUACAAAAAAUUAGCUAGGCAUGGUGGCACACACCUGUAGUCCCAGCUACACAGGAGGCUGAGGUGGGAGCAUCGCUUGAGCCUGAGAGGUCGAGCCUGUAGUGAGCCGUAUUUGUGCCACUGCACUCCAGCCUAGGUGACAGAGUGAGAUACUAUCUCAAAAAAAUUAAAAAUAAAAUAAAGAAGUAAAUAAAAAAUUAAAAUAAAAAAGGUACAGUAAAAAUAUGGUAUAAAAGAUAAACAGUGGUACACCUGUAUAGGGCACUUAAAAUGAAUGGAGCUUGCAGGACUGGAAGUUGCACUGGGUGAGUCACUGUGUGAAUGGUGAGUGAAUGUGAAGGCCUAGGACAUUCCUGUACACUACUCUAGACUUUGUGAACACUGUACACUUAGGCUACACUAAAUUUAUUUAUCAGUUUUUUCUUUCAUCAGUAAUAAAUUAAGUUUUAGAAUAAAGAAAUAGGCUGGGAAUGGUGGCUUACCUCUGUAAUCUCAGCAUUUUGGGAGGCUGAAGCAGACAGAUCACCUCAGGGGAGGAGCUCAAGACCAGCCUGGCCAACAUCGUGAAACACAGUCUUUACUAAAAAUACAAAAAUCAGCCAGAUGUGGUGGCGAAUUCCUGUAAUCUCAGCUACUAGGGAGGCUGAGGCAGAAGAAUUGCAUGAACCCAGGAGGCAGAGGUUGCAGUGUGCUGAGAUCGUGCCAUUGCACUCCAGCCUGGCCGACAACAGCGAGACUCUGUCUCAAAAAAAAAAAAAAAAAAAAAAAAAAAAAGGAGAGAAAGAAAACUAAGAAAAAGAAAAAAAAUUAAAUUUCAUAUACUGUAAUAUUUUACUUUAUAAACUUUUUAAUUUUCUUAGUGUUUUGACUCUUUCAUAAUAAUACUUAGCUUAAAGCACAAACACAUUGUAUGGCUGUACACAAACAUUUUCUAGAAUUUAGCUUCAUCUUUCUGUCCAAUGUUCAGUUUUAAGCUCUACAAUUCUGGGAUAAACAGAAAUUAAAGUGUCAUAUUUGCAAAAGUUCACUCUUAGACAUCUCCUUCCAAUCUAGUUUCCAAAACAAUUUUAGAAGUUUUUCUGUGUAGGCUCCCUACCCCUCCACUUCCUACACUACCUCACUGUCCAGUAAAACUUGUUGCUAUGCUUUGACACAGGAAUCAAGGUUGCUAAGAGACCACCUGUGCUGAAUGCACUUUGUUCUGGCAAAAGCAGAAAACUGAGAAGCCGUGUUACCUACCACUACCUGGGAUUAAUUCAGGGAGCAGGAGUAUUCUGGAUAUGACUGGUAAAAACUGGAUAUUAAUUUCUACUGCUACUCCCAAAAGUCUAGAAGAUGAAAUUGUGGGAAGACUUCUAAAAAUUUUGUUUGUUAUCUUUGUUGACUUAAUUUCUAUUAUAUAUGUUGUGAUAACUUCUUAGAAAGCUGACUUCCUUUCCAUGUACAUUUCAAACUGAAUUACAGUGAAUAAAAAUUUGUAUUUUAA